AUGCACGACUACGCGUCAGACGACGCCAGUGCCAGCGGCAGCGGCAGCGGCAGCGACACACGCCGAGGAUCAGGAACAGAGACGCCCGUCAAGUGGAGAGCAACCCUAUCCAUUGGGGGGAUGACCUGUGCCUCAUGUAGCAAUGCCAUCACCGAGGAGCUCAACAAGAAGGACUGGAUCGACACCGCCGUCGUCAACUUGGUCACCAACAGCGCAACCGUCGACAUUUCCGAUAAGGCGGAUGCUGAGAAGAUUGCAGAGACCAUCGAAGACAUGGGAUACGACGCCAACCUCGACAGUGUCGCAGAAGUCAGGCAAGAGGAGUCGGGUUCCAAUCUGUGGAGGGCCGCCGUGGCCGUUGGGGGAAUGACGUGUGCUUCAUGCGCCAACACUAUCACCGAGCAGCUCAGCAAGAACGACUGGGUUUCCAAAGUUUCGGUGAACCUAGUCACGAACAGCGCCACCGUCGACUUCACUGUAGAGGGUAAGCAAGACGAAAUCGUUACUGCCAUUGAGGACAUGGGUUACGAUGCCACGCUGGACAGCGUAAAGAGUGUCAAGUCCGAAAACAAGGGCGCUCAAGAGCGGACGGUUCAAAUCUCAAUCCACGGCCUCUACUGCCAACACUGCCCAUCCCGGGUUUCACACUCUCUGAGAUCAUUCAAGCGCGUCAAGGUCAUUUCAGAGCCCACGCCCGAGAAGCCCGUCAUCAGCGUCAAGUACACGCCCGACGCACCGUCUUUUACUGUGCGCGAGAUUCUUUCUGCUAUCGACGCUGCGGAUCCUGCCUUUCGAGCUUCGAUUUACCAUCCUCCCAGUCUCGAAGAGCGCUCUAAACUGAUUACGCAGAAGCACCAACAGCAGCUUCUGAGGAGAAUCUAUCUGACCCUUGUCGUCGCUAUCCCUACUUUCGUCAUCGGCAUCGUAUACAUGAGUCUUAUUCCUGACACGGAUGACGGCAAGCACUGGUUGAUGAAGCCCUGGGUUUCAGGCAUCAAUCGAGCACAAAUCGCCUUGUUCAUUCUCUCGACGCCGGUCUACUUCUUUGCGGCCGACGUGUUCCAUACCAGAGCUAUCAAGGAGAUUAGCAAUUUGUGGCGCCCGGGCAGCAAGACCCCUAUCCUUCGGCGCUUCUACAAGUUUGGCAGCAUGAACAUGCUGAUGUCCCUCGGAACCACCAUUGCCUAUGUCUCGUCCAUCUGUCAGAUGAUAUCUGCUGCAAUCAACAAGCCGGCGGAGAUUGACGACACUCAGUUCUACUUUGAUUCCGUGGUCUUUUUGACCAUGUUCUUGCUUCUUGGUCGCCUGAUCGAGUCGUACAGCAAGUCAAAGACUGGCGAUGCGGUCGAGCUUCUGGGCAAACUCAGGCCUACGACAGCGAUUCUGGUCACGAGAGCUUCCAUCGGGAAAACAACAGAUGCGACUGUUGGUGUCGACAUGCUCGAGUAUGGCGACAUUAUCCGCGUGCCUCACGGUGCCUCGCCUGCCGCUGACGGUAUUGUUUUGCAAGGCGAGAGCAGUUUCGAUGAGUCUAGCCUGACUGGCGAGUCUCGUCUUAUUAAGAAGGUCCCCGGCGAUGAGGCUCACGCUGGAACUGUCAACAAGGACUCGGCCAUUCAAGUGCGCAUUACUGGUGCUGCGGGCGCAUCCAUGCUCGAUCGAAUCGUUUCCAUCGUUCGCGAAGGUCAAACAAAGAGGGCGCCGAUGGAGCGCAUUGCCGACAUGCUGACGGCGUACUUUGUCCCGAUCAUUACCCUGAUUGCAGUCCUGACUUGGCUUACCUGGAUGAUACUUGGCUAUGCCGGUGUCAUUCCCGACCGUUACCUCGAUUCUGGGAGUGGCUGGGUUGCUUUCGCGUUGCAAUUUGCAAUCUCCGUCUUCGUUGUGGCCUGCCCCUGUGGCCUUGCUUUGGCAGCCCCGACAGCCAUCUUCGUGGGCGGCGGCCUCGCUGCGAAGCACGGUAUUCUUGCAAAGGGAGGUGGCGAGGCGUUCGAAAAAGCGAGCAAUGUCGACGUCGUCGUCUUCGACAAGACCGGGACCCUGACUGUUGGCGGCGAGCCCAAGGUCACCGACACGAAACUGUUCCUCGACUUGGCGGAAACCAACAUUGAAAGCAGCUUAGUAUUGGCCACACUACGGGCAAUCGAAGAAAACAGCAGCCACCCUGUUGCCAAGGCGAUCGUUUCUUACUGCACGGCUCAGACCGAAGUCUGGGCAGAGGUGGAAAACGUUCAAGAAUUGCCCGGCAAAGGCAUCAGAGCGACAAACCGAGGUGAUAAGCAGAGCGAAUCUUUCGAAAUGAUUGUCGGAAAUGAGGCUCUCAUGCGCGACUUCAAUGUCGAGCUCGUAGAGCAGAUUUGGAAGACCGAGGCCAAGUCCGUUGCUUUGGCAGCCAUCAAGUCAAAGGCCGACUCGGAUGCGCCUUGGACGCUGGUUUUGGCUUUGUCCAUCUCAGACCCUAUUCGUCCCGAGGCGCUCCCCAUCAUUCGCGCACUCAAGGAUCGUGGAACGCGUGUUUGGAUGCUCUCGGGUGACAAUUUCGUCACUGCCAAGGCGGUAGCAUCGCGCGUUGGAAUCAACCCUGACAACGUCCUGGCCGAGGUCCUUCCUUGGGAGAAGGCAGACAAGAUCACGUACCUGCAGAACGUACUCAAAGCGCGGGUCGGCAGGUCGAGAGAGCAUUCAACGAAGCGCGCCAUGGUUGCCAUGGUCGGAGAUGGCAUCAACGACUCGCCGGCGUUGACCAAGGCCGACGUGGGCAUUGCCAUUGGCAGUGGCAGCGACGUGGCUAUUUCGAGCGCCGACUUCGUCCUCGUGACGAGUGAUUUACGAGCGAUAGUGACCCUCUUGGACCUGAGUCGCAAGGUGUUUGGGCGUAUUAAGGUGAACUUUGGAUGGGCCCUCAUUUACAAUCUUCUCGCUAUCCCUAUUGCCGCCGGUUGUUUAUACCCCAUCACAACAUCCGGAGGACAGCAUAUCCGACUGGACCCCGUGUGGGCCAGUCUGGCGAUGGCAUUGAGCAGCAUCAGCGUGGUUCUCAGCUCUCUGGCGCUGCGGACGAAAGUCCCUGGUUUUGGUUUCCGCCCGCGAGGGCUGUAA